GUUCCAGUAGAAAACCUCCUUCAUGGAAACAGUUUCAUGAUUUUUUAUUUGCCCGAAUGUCAUCAUUACAGUCCUUUGAGAGCUCUCAGCAAAAGCGAAUUUUGCAAUCAACAAAACAAUUCUCAGCAAAGGUUCAUCAUCAAGGAUGCUAAAGUUUUGCAUUCUCAUCAUGACGAGUCGAUAGGAUCGUCUAUUCUUUUGGCUACUGCAAGAGUUUUGGUUAUUUCUGCAACAGGGCAAUCCAGAAAAUUGAGAGCACUCGUAGAUCAGGGUUCAGAAGCGGCAAUUAUUACAGAGAGAGUUGUUCAACAACUCAAUUUACCUAGAGUUCAUUCUUCAGUAUCGUUAACAGGAAUUGGUGCGAAAAAUAACCAGACAAAAGGGACUACCUCAUUUCUGCUCAAACCACAUUUUUUGUCAGAAUUUGAAGUUAAGAUACAAGCUUACAUUUUACCGAAAUUAACUUCUUCGAUGCCUUCUCUCUCACAUAAUAAGGAUAAAUGGGAUCAUUUGAAAAAUCUAAAAUUAGCUGAUCCUGAUUUUCAUAAAAAGGGAAAAAUUGACUUAAUAAUUGGUGCUGAUAUCUACAGUCGAAUUAUAAAAGACGGAAUCAUUAGAGGAGAACCUGACACUCCUAUCGCUCAAGCCACAAGGCUAGGUUGGAUUGUUUCCGGGGUGACAAGUCCUAGCACAACCAAUCCUAGAGUUCAAGGUUAUCAUGUGUCCAUCACUGAUGACAUUCACAACCUGCUUAAACGGUUUUGGGAAACUGAAGAAAUUUCGAUUAAUGCUAAGACGUUAACUAAAGACGAACAAGACUGUGAAGACCAUUUCAAAGCUACUCAUUCUCGGGACGCUACCGGGAGAUACAUUGUAAAACUUCCUUUUAAAGAUGCACCAGAUAAACUUGGAAAUUCAAAAUCAAAAGCUAUUCGAGUAAUGACUAACUUACGUCACAGAUUUUCUAGUAAUGAAUCUCACGCUAAAUUGUACGAGCAUUUCAUUAAAGAAUAUGAAGAUUUAAAUCACAUGAAAAGGGUACAAAAUUCACAAGAUGAACCGGAUAAAGUUAAUUAUCUGCCGCAUCACGGAGUUUACCGGGAACAAUCUCUUAGUACAAAGUUAAGAGUAGUCUUUAACGCUUCAAGUAAAACUACGACUGGAUCAUUUCGAUACGUUUUCUUUGCUGACAUCGAGAAGAUGUACAGACAAAUACGGAUACAUCCCGAUGACUGGAAUUAUCAAAGAAUUGUUUGGAUAGAUCAUCUAGGAAUAAUUAUUAUAUUUAUUCUGUUAACCGUAACGUAUGGGUUUAUAUGUGCACCGUUCUUAGCUUUACGAUCAUUCGAACAAUUGAUCCUCGACGAAGGACAUAAAUUUCCUCUCGCUCUUCCAACUAUGAAAAAUGGAAG